AUGAACAUCGUCGUAGUGUCUGCCGUGCUCCUGGUGGCUGUUGCAGCCGGCCACGUCUCUGCUGCAGACAGGUGUUCCUACGUACAGUACUAUCUGGAAGCGUACAAGACCAGGUGUGGCUGGUACAGCUGGGGCAGGUGUUGGAGCUACAGGUACAAGACGGAGGUGCGCUACAAGGACUGCACCCAUGGACAGUGGUCAUCCUGGUCAGCCACCAGUGAGACGCAGUGCUCGGUGUCAUGUGGAGGGGGAGAGAAGGAGAUCACUAUGGACCGCACCUGCACCGCCCCAGCCCCCAGUAAUGGGGGACGCAAGUGUUCAGGGGAAUGCCGUAAAGUAGACGUCGCCGACUGUAACGAACAGCCUUGCCCUAUUGACGGUGGGUGGUCGGACUGGGGGGCGUGGAAGGGCGGGGACUGUUCGGCCAUGUGUGGAGGAGGGACCAUGAACCAGCACCGGAAGAGGACCUGCACCAACCCCCAGCCUCAGUUUGGGGGCGCCGGCUGCACUGUUGACGACAGGGAGAACGGAACGGCUGAUUGUAACACCGACGCAUGCGGCGAUCGCUGUCCCCCUGGAGCGGUCAAGUUCCACCCUCACGUUACUGAUAGUACUCGGUACUACCAAUGCGACAAUGGUGUCGCCGUCCGCAGGCCAUGCGCGCCUGGUACCAUAUUCGACGCCAGCAUCAACAGUUGCAGCUUCACCGCUACUCCACCUCCCAUCCCUCCCGUCACCAGCUGUGACCCUUCCCUGGGGAUGUUUCAGCGCCACCCCCCGUGA